UUUGCAUAUUCAUUUAUCGUGCUCGCCAUUUUGGUAGCACUAAGUAACCGGCGAAGAGCCAUUCUAAAUCUGUAAAUAUCUUCACCAUCCGUGUAGAAUUAUUUGACAUUAUACUCUAAAUUUGUUGGAAAUUUUAUACCCAAGCGAACGGGCCUGCAUACUUGCGGUUCGUUCAGAGGGUCGAUGAUAAAACCUUCAAUGUUUGUGCUUCGGCAAGAUGUCCACAAUUCCGGGGAUCGGCAGUAAAGGGGAGAAGAACAAAAGCAAAUACAAGGGAAUAGACAUCAAUACAUUGUACAAAGGAAAGACUGUCGAGACUCAGAAGUCAACUGUUACUCGGCAAUAUGGGCUUCAAAGUUUGGGCAAAGUGUCCAACUCGCGGCGUAUGCCGCCUCCGGCCAACUUACCCAGCUUGAAGAGUGAGAACAGUGGGAACGACCCCAGCAUCAGCCUUGUCCCGAGUGGGGGUUCGGGAUGGGUGUCGAAGGAAGAGAAGAAGAAGGAGGUGAGUGGAGGUGGAGCUCAGCCGCCAUCGUCGCAGCCUUCGCAGGCCACGCCUUCAUCACAGCAGGCACAGCAACCACAGGCGGCUGUCAAGACCAGCACCCAAUCUGGGGGGCAAAGCAGUGCGGGUGCCCGGUCUUGGAGCAAUGUCACCGGGGGUGUACAGCAAGGAGGUCUGGUCAGUCACCAGUCACCACUAUUUCAAGAGGAAUUCCCCAGUCUGGCACAAGACGACAAGAGCAAGGAAGCCACAGUAAAUCAACCUACAAAAAGAGAAGAAGAAAUCAAGGAUACUCAAUAUGGACCAGGGCCAAGCUUGCGACCACAGAAUGUUGCAAGCUGGCGCGAGGGAGGAGGGCGUGCGGUGCCUCAGCCCAAACCCGAAGAAGCAGCUCCGAGUACUCCAAGCUCGACCCUGACGGAGGCACAGACCAAUGGCCCCCCGAUGUCCGGUGGCAGUGGAGGCGGGGCUGGGGCUGAUCUGCCCACCCCGCCGAUGCCAGCCCGCCCGGGCUCAGGUCACGGCCCUCAUGGCUCUGUGCCACUGGGGCCGCCCAUGGGAAUGCCGCCGCCUCAGUACCGGGGGAUGAUGCCGCCGUUUAUGAUGGGCAGGUUUCCUCAUGGAGGUUACCCUCCUAACUAUCCCGGCUUUCCCCGACCGCCUUAUGGACCAGAAACAAGGUUCCGAGGCCCUCCACCUCAAAUGUCGCAUCAGAGACAUAUGGGAGGAGAAGGAGAUGAUGGACAGAAACGGCCACCUAUUGUCUCGGAGAAGGCCUUCAAAGAAUUUGAGGACAUCCUCAAGUCUGAGGGUGGUAACGAUGGAGGAUGGGCUGGCCCUCAAGGAGAAAUUGAUUACAGUGAAAAACUUGUCUUCAGCGAUGACGAAGAUGAAUCACGGAGCCCAAGGGACCGGGGUCGCCGUGAUGAGAGGAGGCGAAUAUCUCGCAAAGAAGCUGAAGAACACAGUCGGGAGCCUGAACCAGACAGAGAGAGAGAAAAGGAUCGAAAUGAAGACCCUGAAAAGGAUGAGAAAGGGCCACCUAUGGUGCGAGAGGCUUGGCCCCAUGGGCCUCCCCCACCGCACUACAGAGGAGGACCACGACCACCACACCCAGGAAUGGAGGCUAGAGGCUGGCCGCCUCAUAUGCAUCCAUAUGAGUUUAUGGGGCCACGGGGAGCCCCUCCUUACCCUCCCUUCAGAAUGCCUCCACCACAGAUGCGUCCGCCUUAUGGACCUCCACAACCACCACCAGUGUCCAGUCCUGGUAUGAUGCCUGCCAGGAAACCAGGAGACGACGACGACGAGCUAUGGCGCUUGAGGCGACGUGCUAACGAAGGGGAGAUAAAUUCGGCUGUGGAGAAAGCCCGGCUGAGAAGAGAAGAGAACGAAAAGCGUAGGGAGUCGGAGCAGAGAGCUGCUGCUGGAGAGAAGCUGAGGCAGCUUGAAGAGCGCUCCAAGAAGAAAGACGAGGGUAAAGAUGGAGACACUGAUGGAAGGGACAGCCGUACCAUGAGCGAGUCCAGCGACAAAGAUCCCAAAGAUACUCGGUUCAGAGAGAGACCCGCCAACUUAACUCCACCUGCUCAGGGUGAGCAAGGGCCCGGGGGCAAGGGCUAUGCCCGCAAUGUGGCCCCGAGGUUCCAGAAGCAGCAGGAGUCUGCAGGAGGCCAGGGCCAGCGCCAGCAGCCCCUCAGUCCCGGCAGUGGUGGAGGCUCCUCCCACCCGGUGGGCCCGCCCAUGCCAGGCUUCCGACCGGGUCAAGGCCCGCCUCCCCCACCAUGGGCGCCUUAUGACCCUCGUUGGUCGGGCAUGCCUCACUUCAUUGACCCGCGCUACGGACCAAGGCCUCCCCUGGACAUGCAAGGUAUGCAAAUGUAUGGACCACCUAUUCCGAGACGGCGGAAUGAUAGUCACGGAUCUGGUAAUGAAGGCCAGGACGGUGAUGGGAGACACCCAGAACAGUACGACCGCCCUGACCCCAGGGCCGAUGUGAGGGCUGCCUGGCUGGAGAGAGGUUACCCUCCUCCCCCCCUCCCAGGCCAUUUUGAUGAAAUGAGACGCAUCCCUUACUACGAGCCCAGGAUGUACCCUGAGAGAUACGACUUUGAAAGAAGAGAAUUUGACCACUCUGAUCAAGAUGAAGAUCGGAGCUCUGGACCCAUAGAAAAGGAAGGAGGUCCAAAAGAUGUGGAUCAGCGGUCAGCUUCAUCUCAGAGAGAUCUGUUUGAUGACCGAUCCAAGGACAAGGAAGAUCACAAAUCUGAUCGAGCUGGGAGCAAAUCGUCUGCCGACUGGGAACUUAAUCGCUCGUACUCCAAAGACUCAAGCAAAGACGAUGCAGUGGACCAGUAUGAUGAUGGAGAUGACGACUUCAAUGUGAAGCUGAGCAAAGACCUGGCCCUGGAGAGGGAGAGAGAGGAGUCGCUGGAGCAGCACUACUCUCAUGGUCGCAGAGACGGGCGAUCGGGCCCCACCCCGACGUUCAGAGCUUACACAUCCGAGGAAGUCAACAAGAGAGAGAUCUCACAAAGGCAAACUCCAAGUUCAGCGAAUUGUCCGCCACCCGUUUCCCAUGACCAAGGCAAGAAUUCUGGACCUGCCAAAAGCAGCUUGACGUCUUUGAAACGCAGUGCGUCUAAUAUGUCCAGCAGCUCAGCAGCUUCUUCUGAUAAAGACAGGGAGCGAAAGAGCGAUUCGCCAAAAGAAAUAUUGAUCUUUGAAAGAUCAUCUGGUCUGAAAAAGGAAACAAACAAGGAGCAGCCAAAGGAUACAAAAUCUUCUCAGAGCAAAGAGAAUAAGCCACCAGAGCAACCUCGCCCCAAUCCUUGGGAGAUCAAGGAACAAGACAGGCAAAAAGCCAAAGAUCCGGAGAAAGUGGAUCUCAGCCCAUACCCCAAAGAGGAAAACGAUGUUGAUGACCUCUAUGAAGAGAGAGUUGACAGUCCUUAUGGUAACAGGCCCCCGUUGAAGAAGAAAAGGGAGGAUGAUAUCGAGAGAGAACGAGAUGGUCGGGAAAGGCAUUUGGAUGAGAGAGAUCGGAGAGACCUGGACCGAGGAGGUGACAAAGACCGGCCGCGUGGCAGUGGUGGUGGAAGAGGUGGUCGGGAGUUUGUGAGAGGCAGAGGAGGGUCUCGUGGGAGAAGCCGUGGGUCCGUGAGAGGAAGUGGAGGAGGUUACAGCACUCGAGGAGGAGGUGGAGGAGGAGGAAGAGGAGGACGGGAUUACUACUCUGCUAGUUAUGACAGAGGGAGCCAAGGGUCAAGACGCUCGGACAAACCUUUGAUGAAACCGGGGUUUUCGUCAGAAGAUCUGGAUGUGAACGACCGAGAGGAUUACAUGAAAGGUGGUGGGAGGAGACACGUGCAGUUAGAUGAGCACAGCGAUGGCUCUGGUGAGGAUGUUGGCAGUGGUCAUGGAGGAGAAAACAAUAGAAACGAGAGAGAUAAUAGAAUGGAUAGGGACAACAGAGCUCCCAAAGAGAAUUUGCCGGGGAAGAGCCAAGAAAAGAAAGAUGGCCGAGAUGUCCGCUCCAGUGGAAAUGUGAGACUUGUUGAUGCUAGAGAAAAAGAUGGCAGAGACAUGGAGCCGAAGGCUAGUCUUGAAAAUAAAAAUCCAUGGAGCCAGGAACCUAAAAUGCUUCCAAGUAUGCAACCUCCUCCAAAUCCGUGGAAUAAGAACCCUCUUUUGCCUUCCCCAAAAGGAGAAUGGGGAAUGGACCAGCCUGGUCUGAAGGAGGAACCAAGAGACGAGAAAAAAGACGUCUGGCAACAAAGGCAAGACUCCAGGGAUUCGAACAAUCAGGAAAGAUUACCAGGGGACAAUCAGUUGUCCGGUCACGGGGACUAUAGGGAUAACAAACGUAUGGAUGGUGGGAGUCGGAGGGAUGAUCGCGACAACAGGCGCAGGCAAGAUCGUGAUCGCGAUCGUCGCGGGGACAGAGACCGAGAUGAUGGUGGUGGUCGUAUGGAAGGAGGUCCUGAUGGCAAGGAGGGAGGGCUGAAUAAGGAGAAGAGCGAUAGACGUGACAGGGAUCGUGAUCGAGACAGAGAUCGAGAUAGAUAUCGAGACAAACGAGGAGGGGAAAGAGACCAGGACCCCAGGCUGGAGGAACAAAGCAAUGGAGUUUUUCUUCCUCGUGGAGAACCCUCGAGAAGGGGCAGAGGUGGUUCCCGCGGAGGCCGAGGUGGCAACCGCUACACGUCUGCUCCCUCUGGACGUGGCGGUCAAGGCUACGGCCCGGUGGGUUCCAAUGGAGGCGGCAGUGGUGGUCCCAACGGAGGAGGACAAGGAGGAGGCCCGGGUGGCCGACAAGACGGGAGGAGGAGCCAGAAUGUGAAUGUGGACAGAGGAGAUGGGCGUGAUGGAGGACGGGAUGUGCGAGAUGGAAGAGAUGGGCGCGACAACCGAAUGGAAGGAGGAAGCUAUAGAAGAGAUGGAAGGCGACAAGACAACCGAAACCCACCUCCCCCAAGGUUCCGACGUGGAGGCAUGACAGAGGGCAGAGGUCGAGGUUCAGAGAGGGGCAGCGGGCGUGGCCGAUCGUCGAGAGGUCGUGGAGCCAGUGCCCCAGCAAGUCUCAGCUCCAAGAAGCCAGUGCUGACCAAGCAGGCUUCUAAUGAAGGGGAAGAGUGGGAGACUGCCUCAGAAAGCAGUGAGCCAAAAAACGAUUCGCGAGAGUCCCGGGAAAACAAGAAAGAGAGCUCUGCUAUGAAAAAGAGUAUCUCUAGUCAGCGGCCGUUCGGCGACCGACAAAACAGUCGUCGCGUGAACAACCAGGACUCUCGCGCAAGUGUGGAGAGCCGCAAUUCUAACAAAGAUUCUAAACAGAAUCCAAAAAACGGGGCAGCGCCGCCGACCAAAUCGGCGGCCAAUGGGACCUCCCCUAAAAACAAAUCGGCCGUGGCCAACCACAAGGAGAACUUUGUCUUCAGGGUGGACUCUGUAGUACCCAGUGACCCCAACGCCAUCAACAAUGCCAUCAACAACAUGCAUGCCAAGAAACAACUUGGUAAGAAAACUGAACUUGCUGAUGUUGCAAAACCUGUGAAGACAGAAAAGGAAAAGAAAGAUGCCCUAGCUAACAUCGACAUCAACAACUUUGCAGGUGUGGUGGUUGUUGAUGAUCUCCAGGAGGUCACUAUUGAUGACCCGAAUUUCCUGUUUGAGAGCAAUGAGGGGUUUCAGGAAGUUACCUCUAAGAGGACCCAGAAAAUCAAACAGAAAUUAAUUGAGGCUGAACAAAAGAAAAGUGAGAAAGAAGCUCAAAAGAAGAAAGAGCAUCUAAACAAGGUGGUAGCUCGCCCUAAGGGCCUGAGCCCCAAGUCUGGCCGUACAGCCGUCAAAGGGACCAAACUGCCGCCCCGGCUGGCCAAGCAGCGAGAGCAACGGGAGAAGGAGAAGGAGCUGACCAAGAACGUCAUGCCCAAGAUAGAACUGUGGGACAACGAGCUGGCCAACAACAUCCCCUCCCUGCUCUCCAACAUGGACGCCAUCCCCUCGGCAGGAGCUGGCUCGGUCAGCACGGCCGUCUCCAUGGGCACUGAGGAUGUGGCAGAGUCUGGGCCUUCUGUAGCAAGCACGGCUGUUGUUGCCAGCGGCAAAGCCAGCCUGUCUUCGGCAGUGGCUUCUCUGCCGAUGACCCCAGCCCCAGCUCCAGCCAUCAGCGCCUGGUCCAAGCCCAUCAACUUAAGAGCCUCCACCACCCCAGUGGGCUCUGCUCCCGCCGCCGCCGCGCCACCACAGACGGCCCCGGUGGCCCCCGCUGCGGGUGGUCAGGGGUCGAGGGUGUCACGCGUGGGUCACGGCCACCAGCAGGCUGUGGUGGUGGUCCCGGCGGAGGUGAAGCUGGACAAGGGGGACCAGCACGACAGCGGCAUAGAUGUAAGUGACCAGCCUAACUCUGCCAGCUCAUCCACCCGGAGCUCUCCCAGUGCUGAUAACAAGCUCAUCUCCUCCUCCAGCACUGUCCCCUCACAAGGUGCAGGCUCUGAGGCGCUGGCCCUGGGCCUCAAGAGAAAUGAUGGCAUCUCCAUUGAUCAGGGUAUGGAAAUCCCAAAACCCCAACGGGCUCCAAAGGUGAGCAAAAGUGAGAAACUGGUUAAGCCAGACAGUUCAAUGAAGGUGAUGAAGAAAAUGGAGGGAUCCCCAAGUAAAGAAGUUCCAGAAACAAAACCUGAACCCAUUCAGAUGCCUCCUAGUUUUAAGGACUCAAUCUUUGGGAAAGGUGAUGAAUCCGGUCUUCAGCUGGAUUUCCGCUACGACGAGAGCUUGGCCAGCCCUCUGACCACGCUGCCCGAGCAGCCGGGCACCCCCGAGAAGGUGGAAUCUGCCCCGGCACACAGCGACAACAUCAGCCUGUCGGCUCCCGUCAACAACCAGCAGGCCAUCAUGUCCCCCACCUCUCCUGCUACUGAGGACCUCACCUCCAAGAUUGCCUCUGUGAAAAAUGUUUGGGAUCCGCUCCCGGCCUCCUAUGAACACAAGACUAGUUUGGCCCAGAGUACGCCAAGUGCUACAACCAGCGACAACCUCCAGUCUAACGCCAACGCCAACAACGCUAGUGGCAACACUGGGGGCAGCAGCACUGGUGGUGUGUACACCAACUUCCCCCACGAGGUGGUGGGUUCCGGUGGUGGCGUCAGCGUCAGUGUCAGUGCCAUGAACGGUGACAAACAGCAGCAACAGCAACAACAGCAGCAGCAACAACAGCAGCAGCAACAACAGCAGCUGGUGGAGGAGUCGAGCAGCCCCAACACUGGCCCUGUGGUGGGUCCACAGGGUGGGGGCGGCGGCCCCAGCCACUCCCCUGUGAUCCAGAGACUGCACUCCCCACACCCCGCCGAGACCUCGGCCCUGAUGAAUGAGGUGGACCUCGCCCAGACUGUGGUGUCUCCCAGCCCUGACGACAAGGCCAUCGCCCUAGAGCCUACAAAUGUAUGCAAGGUGCGACCUCAGCAACUUCAGGUUGGACUGAGCAAUGAAUCUGGAUCCAUGUCGGUUUUGUCCUCUGGGAUCACUGGACCCAUGCCUACAGUGGCCAGCCCUCCUGUGGUGUUGGCCAGUCAGCAUGGCUUCCCUGCCUUCCAACUAGGUUCUCAGUUUGUCCCUCAGGAGCAAAGGUACUCGCAGCCCAGCUUUGGCUUCAGCCUGUCUCAGCCCCAGCCGCAGGCCGCCCUGGGAGCCCAGCACCAGCCUCCGGGGCCCCUGGCCCAGCAGACCUUCAGCCAGCCCAGCCUGUUUGUGCCCUCCACCCCCACUCAGCCCGAGCUGUUCCCGGGCUUCCAGCAGCGCAGCCACGCCUUUGGCCAGCCGGCCCCGGCCCCGCCCCCUCCCCCGCCGGCCCAGCAGAGCACCAUCAUGGUCUCGUCGGCCACCUCGGCCCUCAUGUCCACCAACAUCAAGGCUCCGGGGCCGUCCCACGCUGCAGCUCCUGGGCCGUCCUCUGCCUUCAGUGCAGAGCCUUUGAACAAAAGCAUUGGUCCAAACCAGAUCUCGUUUGGUGGUGGCCUGAGUAGCGGAGCUCCGUCGCAGCAGCUGUUCUUCUAUGACCCAACGUCUCCACUGGGUCAGCUGUUCCAGCCACACAGUCAGCUGAUUGGGGGCAGUCAGCCCAGCCAGAACCUGAGUAGCUCGCAGAUUAUUGGUUCUCCUCAGCUGGUGCAAAGGACACAAGUGCAGCCGAAUUCCUCCUUUUUCCAGCAAGCUCCAGCAGCUAACUUCUUUACUGCACAACAGCCCAGCUCUGCCAUUCAAGUUGGGGGUCCCAUCCAGGGAGGCUCUAGUGCCCACCAGUUCUCGGUCCAAGCCUUCAGUAACCAGCCCCAUGGUCUGGGUUUGGCCCUACAAUCGGGCCCCACCCUGGAAGCUCCCCCUGCGGCUGUGCCCUUACACCAGUCUCUGAGCCACGGCCUGGCGCAGGCUCCGGCACCCCAGCAGCACUCGCUGGGCCCGUCGGCCAGCAGCAAGGGUUCUCCAUUCAGCAGCAUGGUGUCUGUCCACAGCCAGCAGCCUCAGCCGCAGCCACAGCACAUGGGCCCCCACAGCCAGCAGUCGCACAUGGGCCACCCUCAGCACAUGGGGCACGCCCAGCAGACUCAGCUCCACAUGCAGCGCAGUUCACAGAUCAAGUCGCCUCCGCACAGUAGCCAGCAGAUGAACACAUUCAUGGGAACCAGCGGGCCGGGCUUCUCCCAAGUUCCCAUGAGCGGGAAGCAGUUUGGCAGUGUGAGCAACAGCCCCAGCAGCCUGACCAGCAACAUGGCCCACAGCAUGGGGGUGACCCCGGGCAGCACGGGCAUGAUCAUCCGAGACAUGUCGGCCAGCUCCGCGGGCUCCCCGGCCAGCAUGAGCUCUGUGGGCCCCCCGGCCUCCUCCCACCCGGCCACCACCGCCACAGCGCAGAAGAUGUCUGGUGUCAGCGGAGGUGGUGGUGGUGGUGGGAGCUCGUCUGUCGGAGGUGGUCCCACGGGCCCCAUGGACCCGUCCAUGAUGAGCUCCCGGUCUAUGGCGGGGAUGUCGGGCUCUGUGGGCGGUGGGGGAGGGGGAGCUGGUGGUCCUCAGUCGAGUGUGCCGCAGCCCUCCUCCUCUACCCAGAGCCAGCACCACGGUGUGAGCGGCAGCAUGCACCACCACCACCACCACCACCCCCACCCUCAGCAGACGGGUCGUCCCAUGUCGCAGUCUCGCUUCCCCAACCCCAACGCCCCCAACUUCCCCGGGGGCACGGGAAAGUUUGGCAGCAGCGGCGGAGGGGGCAAUGGUAGUGGUGGUAUGGGCAGCAGCGGCAGCAGCAACAACAACCACAGCUCCAGCAACAGCAGCUCGUUUGCUGCGGCCCAGCCACCUCCGCCCAGCCAGGUGACAGCCUCAGGCAACAACCAGCAGGUGCGUCCACCAAUGAUGGGAAACAUACGACCAGGAUCCUCUCAGGGUCCCACCAACCAGCGGCCUCCGUUUCCCAACCCGAUCCAGAGACCAGGGGUUCCACCAGUGUCUGCACAGCCACCUCCCAACAUGCAGCACUUUGGCAAUGCUGGUGGAAACCCAGCGAUGAAGAAUGCCAAUGCCAACCCCAGUGGUCUCAACUCGAAUGGCCCAGGAGGACCCCUGAAUCCAAGCAGCGGUUCCAUGAAUCCAAACGCGGGCCCUCUUAACUUGGGUGCCAUGAAUAUGGGUGGGAAUGCCUUGCUGAGCAACAUGCUUCUCAGUGCUGCCAAGACGGUCCUCAACCAGUCCAUGGGCAUGCAGGGUGGCCCCAACGGUGGAAAUCCAAACCCGUUUGGAAUGAAAGGGCCGGGGCCAAAUCCGGGCUCAUUUAUGGGCGGUCCGGGUGGUCGCGACGGUCCCCCUCCUUCCAGGCAGAACCCGCCGUCCAUGCCCAAAGGUGGCAUGGGACCAGGGGGUGCUUCCUAUCCCAUGGGGCCACCUCAACAACAUGGCGGUCCUGGCCCCAACGGUCCCCCCAAAGCUCCUGGCCCCAGUGGUGGACCGAUGAAGGUCCUCGGUCCAAAUGCUGGUCCCCCCAAAGCCCUUGGUCCCAACGGACCAACGAAGGCCAUGGGUCCCAAUACUGGUCCCCCUAAAGCACCGCCUGGGUCCUACCCUGGCCCAGCGGGCAGCGUGAAAGCUCAACAGGCCCAACAGCGUCGGGACCUGCUGAACCACGCUAAGAGUUUCCUCAACAAGAACAGCGGUGGCACCGGUGCCAAGGGCAGUUCCGGCAGCAGCCCAGUGGAUGGAGCUAGUGGCUCUCCGAGCCCCGCUGUAGGUGGUGGUGGGCUCAAGCCGGACGAGAAGAAGCCUGCCCUGGCUAUGGUAUCGAACCCCAGCCUGGUGGGCACCAGUGUCAAGAUCAACCUGAGCGCUAGCAACAACACGAGAGCCCCAGCCAUCACCAGCACCAGCGCUGCCACCGUGUCGGCAAACGCCAACACCUCCAGCAGUGCGGCGGCGGCUGCCACCAGCAAGGUCAGUGUGGUCUCCACGGCUGCGACCUCCAGCACCAGUGUCUCGGCCAGUGCCUCUGCUGGCCCCGGUCCCGAUAAGAAAUGAGCAAGUCCACAAGAACUGUGUGUGUCAAUUCAAAUGUCCAGUGCAUACAAGGUUAAUCCAAAUUGGUGACAUUUUUGACAAGGACGGGAUGAUUCACAUUUUGAUAUAUGCCUCUUGCAACUGAGUAUAUAGCCUGGAAAUAUUUGUAAACUCUGAAUCAAGUUAUAUAGUGAGUCUGACAGUUAGGAAAAUGGGAGAAGAAAAAGUGUAUAAAAAAUAUGGUAAUGGUUUUGUGACAUAGAAAAGUUAUGAGUGAUAGUAGAUGUAUGGAGAGAUGGUUUCCUUGAAAUGGUUCUCAUAGGCUAGACGGGAUGGGUGUUUGUCAUAGUCUGAUGUCUCAGUCGGUCAAGAGGGCACAUUGAGUCUCCCCAUGGAAGAACACUAUCAUGAUUGCAGGAAAGCUCACACAGGACGUGACCAUCAUAUCUAAGGAUCUGUAUCCACAGAAUACCAUUUCUGGAAAUAGUAACGCGGACAUUACAAUAACCAGACUGUUGACACAAAAAGUUUCUACCAAGACUCACAACUGUAUUCUUUCUGAUGACUAGAAUUAUUGCUAACAGAUUUUGACACGGUUCAGACCAACCCGUGUUGUCCAGAUUUUUCCUCCCAAAAAGACCAGAGUGGGCAUCGCUAUGCGUACGUCUGCCUGGUAACUCGUCCAAAAGUGAAAACCAUGACCCAUUCUUAGGAUACAUGUGGAAUUUGGGGACAUGAAACUGAUGUGUGCGUAGAGACAAUAUGAAUAUAGCUAUGGAAACUGAUAGACUAAAACAGUCAUUAUUCUACACCAGAGGAGUGACCAAAAAGAGAAAUAGUCACAGCCCUACUUUGUGAACAUAAAGGACACGUAGCCCUGUGGGAUUCUGCUCUGCCUUCAGUCAUGCUGGGAAGGGAAGAAUUUGUGCCAAGUUCUUGUGUGUGCCCGUGGCUGGUACACUGGCAGUGCACACACUCAAUUUGCCGUUACACCCACAGCCGCACCUUUGUAGGUUCAUCUCAUGAAAAUGUUCUCUCUCUGGUAAUGUCACUGCUCACAAAGAUAUUGGGGAAAGUGAUGCUAAAUAUUCUCAAAGUUGUCUCACAAGACAGGUGGUACUGGUGUGUUUGUUUCUCAUCUUUGUGCGUGUAUUUGUACGACAGAAAGGGGUUUUCUUUUUCUCGGUGACUGGCCAUUGUGCUAUUGUACAUUAUUUUAGUCAUAACGAUUAGUUUGUCGUAAGUGUAACUGCAUAUCAUGCCUGUGUAGACCUUCAACGAAUGGACGUUUGGUGUUGAUUAUUACACAUGCUUUUUAACUUUUUUCAUUUUAUUGUAUUGUCGUUGUCCAACCCUCCCGCACUUUUGUUUUUACGCAUCAUUCUGUGAACGAUUUUCAAAUGCUGUCACCUAUGAAGUUGCUGACUUGAAGUGUCUUUGGGUGAAUUUGUGUUUGAAAGUGCAAUAUGCGCCUACUAUAAUGCCCGAUAGAAUGUAUGAGGAAAACAGAAUCACUGUUAGGAACGCAAAGAUGUGACUCGUUAAAAGAUUUCCUUGUUGGUGUCCACAGCCCGUAGACACAUGUCAUUUUCUCUGUACCUUCAAUCCGCCAUCCAUGUUAGCCCACAGAGAGAGAUUUCUGUCCAAGGUUUACAACUUACAAUUGCUGGUCUGAUGCCUCAAGAACGUGCGAUAUGUUAUCAUAUACUAAGUGGAGUUAGUUUUAUUGUAUUUGUUUGGUCGUCAGUAAGAAAGAGACUAGCUCUGGUGCUCAUUCUCAUUAUAUCGUUUUUCCUGUCUCCCCCCUCCUCAGGGCUAUCUGGAAGACCUGCGGGGUCCAUUUUUCUUAUAUUUUUAAUUUUUAUAUUUGUCUGCCUUGAAUGACAACUCUAUGGACAUGUGAGGUACUGGUUGCUUGCCCCAGAGAUUGGUUGAUUUGAUAUUCAUCCUGCCAAAUAUUUUGGAACUGUAUUGCAUAGGUUAAGUAACAUGUUAGAGAAGAAAUUCUGAGUGUGGUCUCAUUAUUGGGAGAUGUAAGAUUCAGUCACUGGCCUUUGGGUUGAAUUGCACAUUGUAUAUACUUGUUCUUUAGUUGAUUCAAGCAGGCCUAUGUUCUUACAUUUUGGUAGAAAUGUUUUGUAUUCAUUCAAUCUUUGUUGUAGGGUUGCACUGUUGAGUGACUGUUGUGUACCAGCUACCUGCCUUGUGGGACAACCGUCAGCUUGCUACUUUGUGGGCACACACACACACACAAUCUCUUGACUCCCGUAACCUUCAGUUUACAUACAUUAACCUUUUUUUGUAAUUGGUCCUACUACAUAACUCAAUGACAAAUCAUUAUGUAUCUUUAUAUUUUUUUAUGGCACACAUUUCAACUCGGAAGAUUGAUCGUGACAAAAGUUUGACACCAUAUGGGGUCGUUUGAGAAUAUUUUCUCAUGUUGGACCGAUAACCCCGACAACCCUCAAAACAGAUGGGUAAACAAAUAAGUGGCUGCCAACAUGUGUGUCUGUAGACACUAAGGCGCCACUGAGAGAGUGGUCAUUGUGACUGUUGACUUAUGUUUUGCCAACUAUUAUGUGAACCAGGUAGCCUGUUGGGCUCUCUCGGUCCUUCACAGAGUUGUCUGACAUGGCACCUGGGUUCUCUAGUGGCACAGGAAGGGUCCAGUGUCGGUGCUUUUGGCACAUGACGCUGGCGGUGAAAGAUGAUGACACGGCCUCAUCUAUUGAUGCAUGGCUGUCUAGGAAAAUCCUCUUGGAACAAAGCGGGAACUUGGUGACUGAACCCGCUCAGCUUUGCUAGCACUCAGGGCAAGGUGAACUAUCCCCCCCCAUGUGAGCCUUGCCUUGCCUGCCUGCCCUCACCCCCGUGGGCUAGCAGUUGCUGCUUGCUCCACACCGCACUCGUUCCGCUCAGACUGGGUGCUGGUGCUUAUGUGGCUGUGGUGGGGCGUUUUCAUGACUUGUGACAGGUCAGAACCCCCCUUGUGGCCUGAAACAAUCUGUCCUGCCAUGGCCAUUUUUUUUUUCUUUUGGUUUUUUUUUUUUUACCUUCUGGUAAUAGCAUUUUUGGUACUCGUGUAUGUGUGUGUUAGUGUGUCAUUGUUUUUUUGUUGUUUUUUUCCCCAUUUAUACCAUGAUUUGCUUUUUCAUUUACAUGUGUAGAGUGAACCCAGUCGGGCCUUUUGGGCAUGACCUGCCCGAAAGCUCGUAAGUAAAGUGUAACAAAUUUUUUUUCUCAUUUAUUAAGGAAAAAAACUUGGAAGAGCUUUGGAUGAAAGAAGUGUGAGCCAUACAAGCUGUCUUACUUGUUGAGCUAUUUAUUUAUACAAUCAGCAUGUGUGUGGCACACGGCGCCCCUGUCUCCAGUUAGUGUACAGAUAAAUUUUAUGUUGCUGCCAGUUUUUGCUGGGAGCUCCUGUGGGAAGUGAGCUGGAGAUUAAAAUGCGUGUGAAUGGCUGAGACUCUCUCAUCCUUUGGUCUUCUGUGGAGGAAGGAGGUCCUGGGAGGCAGGGGGUGGAGGAAGAGGGCAGUGUGUGUCUGCCCCAGCGUCAGCAGUUUCUUGCGGAGCUCUCGGUACACGGUACACUCGCUGCCACCUCUGGUGUGUGCGUGUGUGUGUGUGGCUCAAGGGGAGUUCUGGAAGAAGCUGUUCUGGUGUUCCUUUCUCUCAUUUGUAUCCCCCCCACCCCUCCCUUCCCCCCCUCCCCGUCUCCCCAUUGUGUUGUUAGCUGCUAUCAAAAUCUAUCCAGCAGCAAUGCAUUAAAAUUUAUUCAUCACCACUGAAA